CCAACGGCUAACCCCCUCCCCUCCCUCUCCCUCUCCUCCUCCUAGUUUGGAUUUGAGUCACUGUUUGAGUCUGUCUCUGUGGUGUGGUAUGCGAUGGAGGCGAUGGUGAAGAAAUACCAGCAGAGGUUCAGGAAGGUCAGGGAUGAGAUGGACCGCUGGUCCGAGCUUCAGUCGCGCUUGAUUUCACAGUUUAGGAACGCCUCCUCCAUCAUCCAGAGGUUGCAGGUGCUUCGAGAUUCCAAGAAGUAUGUCCGUUUGAAGGACGUUGUUGGUAUUCAAGAGGCAGUACUGGCGAAGCAGAUGGAGUCGUUGCAGAAAAUCUUGUUUUCCAUGAACAAAACCAUGGAAGAGUUUCAUGGAAUUGUAUUGUCUUUUGGGAAGAUUCAUCGUGAUGGUAGGCAGAUGGUGAAAGGUGGUGGUUCUAAUCAGCUGACUAUAAGACAACUGCAGCAACGAGUUGGUGUAAAACCCAGUCUUGCAGAUUGCUUAGAUGGGCUUAUGCUUCUUCAGGAGAUGCAUUGCUCUGAGUACCUUUUGAAAUCAUCAGUGGUUUCAGCACUCUCAGCGCUUACCUUGAAACCCAGUGCGAGUGAUUUGGGAGCGCUCCAGCAGCUCUUGGUUGAUCAGCCUAACAUCCCGAAUGAGGAGGUUCAAUCCAUCUUUGAUAUCAUAUUUGCAGAAGAAAUUUGAUGAUGUUUUCUGUUACAUUGGCUGCAAACUUCGUAGCUCUGGAAAUGGGAAGCAGUUUGAAACCUGUUGGUGUUCUGUAUGGGCGGUGAGUGAUGACAGUUGGAUGCUUGAACUCUGGUGUUGAGACUUCAAAAGGUGCCGGCAACGUUUUAUGUUUGGAAGUGCACAAGAGGGAGAAUUCAAAGAAAAUUCGAACGAACUUGUAUAUUCAUGGAAGUGAUGCAGCAGAAGGUUGGAAUAUUGAAGUUAAUUAUUACUGUUGUUUGUGCCUCUGACGAAGGGAUGUGUGUGAACUUCUGGAUCUUUUCAAUCUAUGUUAUUGAGGUAAAUGUUUCUGUGCCCAA